CCCUAUCACGGGUGCGGGCAUCAUGGAGUGACCGAGUGAGUCAUGGUGAGCAGGGCACCUCACCCCCGCUCCGCUGCCAUCAUUGCAGAGCGGCGUGCGAGCGUUUCGAAAAGAUGGAGGCAUGGCCAGAGAACAUUGACGGCAGCGUCUGGGCGAGCGCAAAAGCAACGCCAGCAAACGCGCAAGCGUCGUGCAGACGCAUCGAAUUUUGUUCACCAAGCCCCUCCCUCCCUCUCUGGGCGCCUCCAGCCGCGCACCACCACGCAGUGCACAUGAAAGCACUCACACACACACACACACACACACACACACAGAGCUCAACCACAUGCACACGCACACUCCACACACACACACACACACACACACACACACACACACACGGAUCCGCGAAACGGGAUCCAAAAGGACGGCUGGAUCAGCCAAAUGCAAAUGCCUCCAAGACCACCGCCGGUUAUAAAGGAAGUCCACGCGGGGAUACAGGAGGCCAGGAGGGGUCGCCCCCUCCGCGCUGCCACUUGCCCAAACGGCAGCGCGCACACACACACACACACUCUCUCUCUCUCUCUCUCUCUCUCUCUCUCUCUCUCUCUCUCUCUCUCUCUCUCUCUCUCUCUCUCUCUCUCUCUCUCUCUCUCUCUCUCUCUCUCUCUCUCUCUCUCUCUCUCUCUCUCUCUCUCUCUCUCUCUUUUUUUUCUGAGUUUGCUGCUUACCGUGGUAAAGUGUGAUAAAUACAUUACGCUGGGCUACCAUCCGCUGGAGGACAAGUACUUGACGCCUCACCUCACCAACCCAGCCAAUUUCCGCCAGCUGCGCAAGGCUGGCCUUGUCACCAAAGAUGGCCGGGUGCGCUCGGAGCGAGAGGUGGCAGCUUACUGGCGCCAACGCGACCGGCGCGAACGUGAAACCCAAGCCCUCACCACCCAAAUGAUGAGCUCGGCGGCCAUGGAGCGAAAACGUCUGCACGCCCAAUUGCAACGCGAAAAAAAAACCCGUUUGCGAGCAGCGCGUCAUCGUGAGAUUCAGCAGCUGCACAUGCGGAAUCACAGCGCCCACACCAUAUGCACCGCCCAGCCCGUCUACACCAGCGUCCCGCUAGAAACCGCUACGAUGGUUUUUGAAUAUAGUGGCCAAUUUGCUGUGGCCCAUGACACAACCAUUGCAGGAUAUCCCUCACUCCGCGUCGAGCAACAGGUUGGCAAAGGCGGCGCCACCAAGGUCCUCGAGGUAGCCUCCUUACCGCCGGGCUCUGUCUUUGAAGUUCACUCCUUACGUCGUGGUGAUGAGCCUUUGGGGCUGACCUUUUACCUCGACAACAAGUCCUUUGGUCGCAUCGCUGCCUGCUGUGAAUAUCGUCACGAGAGUGGUAAAUACAUUGGCGUUCGUGGCAUGGGUUUCCGAUUGCUUGAGAUUCGUGGUGGCGUGCCCUGCAUCAAAUGCCGUCUGCGACAUCAUCUGGAUCAUGAAGAUGCCCAAGUGCGGAGAGUCCUAGCGAAACGCCAGGUCUCCGCAGCUGAUUCUCGCGCUCAACAAGCGCGCUUUGCUGCAUUACAAGCCGAGUUGGAUGAUAUGACAGCUCAUGGCGAUGCAGAGGAUGUGCUCUUUGAGGACGAUGAUGAAGAUGCAGAUGGAGAAGUGGCCGGACCACGCGCUCUCGGCACGGCAGCACAAACUAUUGAGCAGAAACCGGUGAUGCAAGCCGAUGCCGCGGCAGCAACCAGCCCCGAUCACGGUCGUCAGAAUCAGACAGCAAUCCCCGACCAAGAUGAUGGCGAUGAUAUUGUACUGCCUGUGACCGCAAAUCACUCAGAGUCACCCAUCUCUCGCCCUUUGGACAACCCUCAAACUGGACCAGAACCCGCUGACACGACUGGACAUGACCUAGAAGCUGCCGUGGCGCCACAGGCAGCACUUACAGACCCCGCUGCCCCCGAUGACUAUGAGGACGAUUUUGAAGACGAGGCGACCGACACCAAUGUCCCCACGUCCGACUCUGGUGAAACUGUGAAUGCUGCGAGUCACGAAGAUCAUCCAUCCGACAACCAAGCCGCUCAGCUCAGCCUUGAUGAAGAAGUGGCUGUGCAAGACCAAAAAGGUUCCGAAGCAGACACAAUCUCGGCUGAUGCUUCAACAAGCCAUGCUUCUGCAAGUGAAGAAGGUGGUACUGCCGUUGCUGCUGCAAACAAGGAUGCUCCCGAAGAUCUUGUAACGACCCCAAAAAGCUACGCGCAGGCGAUUACGUCCGUGAAGGACCCGGCAGACAAGCCGAUGCCACCAACAGCAGGGGACGACCAACGCCGCGCAAGCAUUCAUGCUUUGCAUCAAAACCAUCUGCAUGCGUCAGUUGCACUAGGCUGCCUCAACCUUGCGCGUGCCGUCUGGGAAACAGCCAACCACUCGCCGGUGGAAGGCUUGGACGUGUAUCUAGCUCGCAUUGAGCCAAGGAGCCAGCCACAACAGGCUUUAAGCACCUUGCAGCGGUGCCUCGGUUUGACGGCUGAAGAACUUUACCUCCCCAACGUUGAGCUGCACGAUGCACUCCGUGCCGUGGCCCAUGCCAGUGUUCACCUUGAGCUGGUGGGUGCCUGGCGCAUGGAUGCAGGGGCCAUCUCGGCUUUGGGGCAUGUCCAGCGCCUGCGCCCACCGACCCCGGAAGCCGGUCCAUCCACAGCUGCACAGGAGGCAUUAGCCCUUGUCCGCGCUUUUUUGCAGACAUGCAUCCUGGCCCGAGAGGCGUUGGCAGAUACUGUCAACCAUAGCGAAGACCAUUUGAAUGAGGAAGCACAUCGCGCUGCUUUGGAUCUUCUGGCCACGUCCGACCCUGCUGCAGGUGAAAGCCAUCGCCACGCCGACACCGAUGGCUGGCUGGCUUCCGAUCUUGCUGUUAUGGCCCUUGACAUGCACUCGGCGUGCUUGCAAAUUGCCAGCAUGCUCUCUCUUCAAACCGAGGUGUCACUCGCACGCAUGGAUGCUGUUGUCCCUGAUUACAGCAGCACCAUAUCUCUCAAAGAAGGCUUGGUCAGCGCGACGCCUACCACGCGUGGGCCGGGUGUUGUACAGCAAAACGAUGUGGCUCGGACCUCGUCACUCGCCGCCACCGUCUUCUCACUUGCGGAAGAUGAUGUGGCGAGCCGCACCCUGGGAGCUUUGCGCCGAGAGGACAUUCUGGCCCAGCAUCAACAGGCAGAAACCAUCGACAAAAUGGCUCGCGCCAAGGCAUAUCUUGCGGCGCUGGAGGCGCGUGUGAAGCAAGAGCGCUUGGAUGACACUGAGGAAGCGGUGACUAGCGAACGAAUUGGUCGCCGACCACGACCACCGCGUGACGAGCAGCGUGCAUCACGGCGCCGCCUCAACAUUCGUGCAAGCCGCAACCGCUCAGCACCGAGGCGUCCUUCGGAACCUUCCGAGGCCGAGGUGGCAAUGCAAGCAAAACUAGCUGCUGAAGAAGCCGAGCUUCGUGAGCUGGCCGAAAUGCGCGCCGCUUUACAGGAUGUUUUGCGUCGCACCAGCAUUCACGAUCUGGAGGAGAGUACCAAUGAGCCAUCUGCGGCUCGAGAUGAAGGGUCCGUAGCCUCACUUAAUGGUGAUGCUCGGUCAAAAGAUACUAAACCCGAGUCCAUGGACGCUGAAGCAGAGGGCACUCAACCAGAGGCCGCAGAACCAGAGGCCGCAGAACCAGAGGUCGCUCAAACAGAGGUUGCAGAACCAGAGGACGCUCAACCAGAGGACGCUCAACCAGAGGUCGCAGAACCAGAGGACGCUCAACCAGAGGCCGCAGAACCAGAGGACGCUCAACCAGAGGCCGCAGAACCAGAGGCCGCAGAACCAGAGGACGCAGAACCAGUGGCCGCAGAACUAGAGGACGCAGAACCAGAGGUCGUAGAACAAGAGGCCGCAGAACCAGAGGCCGCAGAACCAGAGGCCGCAGAACCAGAGGCCGCAGAACCAGAGGACGCUCAACCAGAGGACGCUCAACCAGAGGACGCUCAACCAGAGGCCGCAGAACCAGAGGCCGCAGAACCAGAGGACGCUCAACCAGAGGACGCUCAACCAGAGGCCGCAGAACCAGAGGCCGCAGAACCAGAGGACGCUCAAUUAGAUGAUGCUCAAUUAGAUGAUGCUCAAACAGAGGCCGUUGGACCAGAGGCCGCAGAAGCAGAGGAUGCUCAAACAGAGGCCGUUGAACCAGAGGUCUCCCAAUCGACUCUUGACGAUCCUACAACGGAUUCAGAAGCAGUUGUCACAGAGCAAUCUCCGGCUCAAGACGCCAUCGCCGCCUCGAAUGAUGUGCCAAAGGCUGCCCUCGACGCAUCAAACGACGACGAUGCCGAGUCGGACAUUUCUGAACCGGCUAUUUUGCAUGACGAGGCGGAGCCAGCAAUGAUGGAUGCUGAAUCUGCCCCUUUGGAUCUUGCAAAAGAACGAGCUGCGGCAGAGGCCACGGAUCUUGUACACAAGACUCCCGAAACCAACGCAGCAGAAGAGGCAGCUGAAGAAGAUGCCCCAGACAAUGCGAGUGACAUUACGGACCCUGGUGCACCCGAGGAUUUGCACGCAGGAGCUACUGAAGAACCCGCGAAUGAAGGGGAGCCAAGCAAUGCACCAGACGAUGCUAGCGAAGCCAGUGAUAUCUCAAAUCCUGAUGAGCUCGAGGAUCCUCCUGCACCAUCUCAGCAGUCUGAUGCACCAGAUAUGGAUCAACCAGACGCAAUAGUGGACGCAAAACGCGGGGGUGCAAAUGACACAGAAGGUGUACAUGGUUCCAAACGCACCGAGGACAUUGUAGAUCGCAAGGAGGAGGAGGAUGACCAGGCCAGCGACAUUUCAGAGCCGGACGAUGCAGCCAUCUUACAAGGCGAAAGCGAAACGACGGAGGCAGUUGCGACAGGCGCACAAGCUGCUGUACGUCGCGAAUCCAAAGAAGAUGAUGGGGCCAGCGGAGCGCAUCACGAACACAAUGUGGAUGAUACCGACGAGAAUGGUCAACACGAAGCGAAAAGUAAUUUGCCCGUUACGCCGACACCGAUGACAAUGUCAAGCUUAGCUGGCCCCGUCAGCAAGGAUGAUGAAGAUGCUGCAGCGAGUCAGGUUUCUCAACCAGCCAUCGAGGCUGAGAUGGAUGAUGACAUUUCAGAGCCAGAGGACGGCGAUUUAGACACAUUUGCGGAUGUUCUCGUCGCAAACGCCCUGGCAGCUGUCACUUCGCCUGCGAAUGAGGCUGAGCAAAACAUGUUGGCUGAGAUGCCGCCGCAUGCUGAUGCUCAGCACGAAGCUCGCAAAGCUCACGACGAGACCGAAAAUGAGCCUCAAGGGGAGACUUUGGCAUCGGCGCCCUCAACUGCUGAGGUUGAAUCCGUGGGGUCUCGGACCGACGAUGGCGUGGUUACCGAGGCUAUGACAAGGACGGGCGUGGCUCAGGAUGUUAAGGACCCUACGGCUGAUGAGAAUGAAUCAUCUCCGCUACCCGAGGAUGCCGCUCAAGCUGAGAUUGAGGCGCCCGCUGCCUCGGAAGACAAGGUGGAGGAACACAGUCACGAGUCCACGAGUGAUGACGCCAAGCCCGAGCACGAAGGCCAAGACGGCCCGGAGGCUUCAAACGCACUGGAUGAUGCCACCGCCUCAGUUGGAAACGACAAAGAGGAUUCAUCCGACACGUUGUCCGUGACAAAAGACGCUGCAGUGGCAGCUGAGCUUAGCCAUGCAACAGAGGCCACCUCGGCUGGGACUUUGAUGCAUGAGGCGGAUUCGUCGAAGCAAGGGGCCGACAACCGAUUGGAAGAAACAGAGUCCGUGGAUGAAGAGGGGAGUGUGUUUGCCGCGCCCACCGAAGUGCCACCGCCACGGGGUCGCGGCAAGGCAACGGGGCGCAGCCGCUCCAUUGACCUCGUUAGCCUGGGCAAUGCUCCUUCUUUGGGCGCUCCCAAGCGGCGAGCGUCUUCACCAGAGCCCACGGCAUUCAAGGCGGAUGGAACACCUGUUCGAUCGUCCCUGCGUAAACGCGAUCGGCCGAUUAUGCAGCGCCGGGCCGUGUCUUUUAGCGACGAUGUUGCCGUCAAGACGUUUGUGCCCGACGCCAAUGAGCAUAAAGGAGUACAACUGAUGCCCAUGCUGGAUGGCAUGCCCGUGGCUGUGGGCCGUGCUUCGUUUGAUGCACCAACCCAGUCUGGAAAUGCUCACUCGCCAGCAGCUUUGACCGGGGUGCGAGUUGGCCCCAUGUCUGCGAGCAAUCAUGGCACAACAGCCUCUCUGAGCAAUCCGUACGAGGACGAGGACGCCGCCUCUUCAGCCUUUGAUGACCUGCUGGACAGCUUGAGAGACGACGUUUGCAUCCUCUCUGCCAAACAAAAGCUCUUUCUGUCUAAGAGAGAAAAAGAACAAAAAAUUUCUCUCUUUGCUGCUUAUACCUCUCUAAAUCUCUCUCUCUCUCAAAUCUCUCGCUUUCUCGCUUUCUUUUUCUCUCUCUCAUGCUGUGGGAUUGCGCAUGCGGUUUCUCUUGCAACGGGGUUUUCCGCUCACUCGUCGCUUUUUUUUUCUCUCUCUCUCUCUCGCUCUUUCAAGCUUCAGACGUCUUCAUUUUUUUUUUUACUUUUGCCGUUGAACCAGUGUCGGUGUCAUGGAUAUCUCCGGCUUUGUCUCGCGGGCUUUUACGCCCAAGCCUUCGCCCAAGCGACGCGCAGUGGACUUGGACAACUCGGCUGCCCAAGUGUCCACGCGUGAGCUUGAGCGUCAACGCCUUGAGGACCUUAACCAUGCCCUCUCACGCUACAUCUCUCGAGUGCGCGCACUCGAGACUCAGGUCGUGACCUUGGAGACCCACAUUGAGUCGUUUGCUUCCGUCAAGGCACCCAAGAACGACGAGGUUCUCGAGACCCUGCGCGCUCAGCUGGAGCAAGCCAAGGCAGAGCUUGACGAUGCCUCGCAGCGCUAUGCCGAUCUGCAGCUGGAGCACAGCAACCUGCAGGAGGACUUUAAGCGUGCAGAAGGGGAUAUCCAGGGUUUGACCAGCCUCAAGGAGCGUCUGCAAGGCCGCAUCGAGUCGCUGCAGGCCAUGGUCAACCGCCUUGAGGGCCAAUUGGCCUCGGCACAAUCCAGCCUACAAGAGGAGAAGGAGGAUGGCGACCUUGCCCGCCAGCAGCUCAAGGAUCUCAAGGCCGACUUGGUGAAACACCGAGGACGUGCCGACUCGGAAGCCAAGGCGCGCGUCGCCCUUGAGAAUGAAAUCUCGGGCCUCCAGGAAUCUUUCCGCCUCAAAGAGCUGGAACAUCAGAGCGAGACUGAUGCCCUUCAGCAACAGCUCCAGGUUGCCCUCAGCCAAGUCGUCGUCUCGGUCAAGACAACCGGCAACCAGUAUGAAGAAGAAAUGUCUCGCCUUUUGCGCGUGGCCAAGUCAAGCUAUGCCGAGGCCGCUGAUGCCUUCCGCGAGAAGCUCAAAAAGUACUACCAGAUGAACCCCACGCCAAGUGCUGCCCCGAGCAUGAUGCAGGACCCUGAACUCAAGCGGCUGCAGGCUGAGAAUGAAGCCCUGCGUAACCGCGUCGCCGCCCGUGAUCAAGACGUGGCGGACCUGAAGAAUGAAGCCCGCCACGCCGAGGAUAAGAUUGAUCGCCUCACCCACGAUCUGGCCUCGACCAAGGCCGAGAAUAAGGCCCACCUGGCCAACAAGGACAUGGAGAUUAAGAACCUGCAACAACGCAUCUCGGGUCUUGAGGACCAAUACCGCGUCCUGCUCGACCGCAAUCUGUCUCUGGACGCCGAGAUUGAUCAAUAUCGUGGCCUGCUGGGUGAGGAGUACAAGCGCCUCAACAUGCAUGAUCAAUCGCUCGACGCGAUGGACCAGCUGGUGGGCUCCCCGCUGAGCGCGCAGCGGGAUGAGCAAGCCGGGGAGCAGGACCUUGACAUGAGCGUUGAACUGCGCCACAUGACUGAGGAAGUUGAGGAGGCGUGGACGCAGCGCAUGAGUUCCAACGGCCAGAUCCAGAUCCAGUCAGUGGACUUGGAUCGCGGCUUUGAUCUGCACCUGCAGAACAUUGGACAGGAGCCCAUCAACUUUGAUGACUGCGUCUUGACGGUGGACAACGGCCGCGUGUCCGAGACGCUUGUGAUGCCCCAUGGCCACGUGGUGGCUGUGGGCCAGGUUGUUCGUGUGGUCUCCGGUUUGGGCGAGCAGAGCCACCGGCCAGGCGAUAUUGCGUGGACUUCGUUCCGUGACUUUGAGUUUGACAACACCAUCAACGUGCAACUGGAGCGUGGCAGUCAAGUCAUUUGCCGUGCCGAGUACACGUGUGAGGAUUCGACCGGUGCCACCCGUUGCUGCAUGAUUUCAGGUUUCAAGCAACAAGUGGGUGUGUGUUUGGAGGAGCAGCGGCAGAGGGAAGAUGGCGGCGACAAUGGACCUGAGGGCUUGACUUGCAGCGUCGCGACGAGCAAUAGCAGUGGCGCCGGCUAUCAUGCGCGCGCGCUUGUCGAUCGUGAUAUGUACAACAAGACCGGCUGGGGUCUGCUCAAGGUUGAGACGGGACCCGGUGUGUCAGACGUGCUGGCUGCCUACGCCGCGGGCUAUGCCGAAGCCGUGGCCACCACCGAUAUGAUCCAUUACGCCAUUCAGAACCUGGUCCAUGAGGAAACGGACGCCGUGAUGAGCUUUGUGCAGGACAACUGGUAUGCCACGCGUCAUGGCGUCGCCACCAACUCGUCCCAAUAUUGGCAGCAGGUGGGCCUGGUUUUGUCCCAAUUUGAUGGCAUGUUCAAUGGCUACAACGCCCAUCGCGGAGACUUUCCAGCGGUGUCCAUGUGGGACUUUUUGAAGCUGCAAAUGCUCGAGGAUUUGCCGGACGUGCGCCUGAAAAUGAAUCCCAGCACGCGCCCCAAUCUCUCGCGCAUGAGUGCCCAAGAGCUGGACGACUAUGUGGCAGCGCACACGCAUUGCUCCGCCAUUGUCAAGGUGCCGGAUGACCUCUCCGAUAUUUACGUGAGCCACACCACGUGGUGCAGCUAUUCGCAGAUGCUGCGUCUGUACAAGACGUACAACUUUUCCUUCUCCUUGACCAGCAACAAGGCCGAGGUCGUGAUGUUUUCCGCCUAUCCCGGCCUCAUUGUGGGCAUUGACGAUUUUUACACCACCAACAACGGCCUGGCCAUUUUGGAGACGACCAAUGUCGUCUUCAACAACUCGCUAUUUGAUGCCAUUACCACAGAUACGGUGAUGUACUGGAUUCGCGCGCCAGUGGCCAACCGCAUGGCCACGACCGCCGUUGACUGGCACGAGCACUUUUACAACUACAACAGUGGCACGUACAAUAAUCAGUGGAUGGUGGUCAACUUUAACCUCUUCACCCCGGGUGCCGACCUUCCGGAAAACAUCUUUGUGGUCUCUGAGCAGCUCCCGGGCUUUUACAUCGUGGCGGAUCAGACGUCGGUCUUGCAACGCAACUACUGGCCAUCCUACAACGUGCCCUUUUAUCCCGAGACGUACAACAUGUCUGGCUAUCCGGCGGCGGAGGCUUCAAUGGGCACCAAGUACUCGUAUCAACUGGCACCCCGUGCCAAGAUUUUUCGCCGUGACGCGGGCACCAUUCAUUCCAUCGAGGAUUUGCAAACGUUUAUGCGGGAAAAUCACUACGGCACGUCGGAUCCCCUCGCCCCAGCAACGGAUGCUGCCAUUGCGGCCCGGCGCGAUCUUGAUCCAACGGCACCUCGCGCGGAUGGUGCCAUUGAUGCCAAGAUUGUGACGGCGAGCGAUGUGGCCAACCUGAGCGUGCUGGCGAUUGCAGGACCAACACACGAUACCCAACCUGUUUUCUCCUGGACCGGCAAAUGGGCCAACCAGAGCUUGGCGCCGCACUACGGCCACGUGACAACCUUUGACUUUGACUGGCCGUAUUUCUCUCUGCUUCCCCACUCACCCAGUCCAUGCCGUAUUUUUCUCUUUGAGACACAAAGAGAGAGAGAGCGAGCGACGCACGCCUCCGUGCUCUCGCUCUUUGCCACCCUCUGCCCUCGCAUCUGCCACAACCGCGAUGAUGUUCUCGAGCUGGAGGAGGAUCCUGCCGGCACCCAGUUCCAGCCUCGUGCCUCGGGCCAACUCAACGUGACCUCAUUGGAUGAUAUCGAUGCCGGUGAAAGUGCCUUUGUGCGCCCCCUCAUGCAACAAUUCCAAAAGGGUCAGGCCAACUCAACGAUUGCUGCCUCCCUCAAGCUGGUCCGUCAGUGUCUGAGCGUGGCCGAUGAUGCACUCGAGGCUUGCCCUGACGAUCUCAAGGCUGCCAAAGAGGCGGCUGUUGCUGCCACAAAGCGUGCUGAGCAGACCCGCAAGCGUGCUUCCACCGAGACCAAGCUUGCCGGUAACACGGCCAAGGCCUACAAUGAUGAUUUGGACGCCGUCGUGAGCCAGUCCAACAACGAUGCCUUUGAUCAGCGCUAUCACGAGCAACAUGAUCGCGUCGAGGUCAUCUGGAUCAAUGCAACUCUGGCCAAUAUCAUUCGUCUGCGCGAUGCCCUCAAUGACCUGCAGUCUCUCAUCGAUCGCGACCACGAUGCACUCCUCAGUGAUCUGGCCAAUACCUCGGCAGCUGUGACAGACCUGCUGAAGAGCGGCGCCGAUGCUAGUGCCGCCACGCAGCUUCUGCAAUCUACCCAGCGUGCCCGCAGCCAGGUCCAGCAAUGGUCCAAGUCAGUGGCACAGGCCACCAACACGUUUGAGGGCGUCACGGGCGAGGUCUUCACCCAAGUGCCUCAGGUUGACGCUCAAGUCUUGGCUGGCCUCCCCUUUGAGCACUGCGCUUGGGCAGCCAUCUGUGCCGAGCACGCCAAGGCCUAUCUCAAGAGCCACUUGGAGCUCGUGGCAGCUGCAACCGCCCUGCAGUCCGAUGAUGCCACCUUUGAGACGGUCGUGCAGGAGCUCGCCGAGCGCGCUGGAGCCCUGCGCGAUACAGUCCAAAACGCCGUGCUUCAGCAGUCGACUGAGGAGGCAAAGUCCACCAUUGACGCUCUGAUCCAGCAGACCAGUGAACUUGGCCAACAGGCAACGAUGGCAUUCGAAAUCAGCAAGGGCAGCACACCUCAACGCAUGGCCCUCACAACGUGCCACGACGAUGCAGAGCGCAUCCAUGACCAGAUCAGUAGGCUGCUUGUUGUCCACCAACUGGUCGACGGCCGCAGCGAGCAACAAGAGCUCGUGACCCUGAUUGACACACACCGCCAGCACGCCGACACCUUGCGCCACCAGCUCGGCCAGGCUCCCGAUGCUAACGAAGUCGUUGCUACCGGUGAAGCCCUGGUCAAUGCCUACAAGAAUGAGCCCGCCAAGGCAUGUGACGCCGAGUCCAAGGACGAUAUCCGUGCAAACGCCCAGUCGCUUAACGAGGUCGGGCAAGGCCUUGGUGACGUUCGCGUUCUGCUUGCGCUUCUGGAGGAGCUCUCGCUUGAUGCUGCUCCCGUCAGUGCUCUCCUCGAGGCCGCAUCUGCUGCUGCCGUGACCCUCAGCGAAGUUGCUGCCCCAAAUCCUUUUGGUCCAUCCGACCGCCGUUCGGUGACAAUCACCAAGGACAACGGCGGCCUCGGCAUUCAACUUCGAACAAUCCAAGGAUCUCGUGGCGCGCGCAUUGAUCGCUUCCGGGAAGGGUCUGAGGCUGCCAAAUCAGGCGUUCUUCGUGAGCAAGACGCGAUUAUCGAGGUCAACGAUCAACCUGUGCAUAAUUCGGCGCACGAGGAGCUUGUCGAGGCCCUCCGCUCAACCAAUCCAGUCAAGAUCACGGUCGACAAGCACUUCCCCAUGCCUCGUGACGUCCUCCUGCAGCGCGACCCUGAACGCGGCUUUGGUUUUGGCUUUGUGACCCGUGCCGAGGGCGCAAUCAUCACUCAGCUCGUGCCAGGCGGCCCGGCCGAACAGUCGACUCAGAUCCCCACGGGCUCGUGCAUUCUCUACGUGAAUGAUCAGGACGUCCGCAAUAAGCCCCAUGAGGAGACUCUGGCUGAGCUUAAGCGGUAUCCUGGAUAUGCCCGCGUCAUUGUGGGCGUUGAUCGCGACACACAAGUCCCAUCCGAGCUCUUGGCGAUCAGUGCCGCCGAUGUCAUUGCAUCACAAGUUGCACAGGAUUCUCAAGAGACCAACGGCGUGAGCAACAACGCCAACGACCCCAGUGCCUCUCAAGCUCUCGCUUCACAGCUUCCUCCGCCUCCUGCUGAUGACAAUACUCGGGUCGUGGUCUUGUAUCGCUCAAAGGGCACGCUGGGUUUGAAGCUUCGAACUGAAGAGAACGUGCCCGGUGUCUACGUGCUCGAGAUUGUCGAGGGCACGCAGGCCGCUAAGCACGCCGACAUCCGCGUGCACGACUACAUCGUCAAGGUGAACGGCCAGUCCAUGGUUGGUGCUGCCCACGAUGAUGUUACUCAGGCCAUCUUGGGUGCGGAAGACGCCGUGGAGCUGCAUUUGAGCACCGUGAAUCCCAACAACACGGACGCUCUCAGCGAUUCACACGUCGCGACUUCUGCGCCCGUGACGACACCAGCCGUGGCGCCGGUUGAACCCAAAGUGGUGCGCGAGAAUGGCGAAACCACCGUUACCAUGGAGCGUGGUGAGGGCAUGGGCUUUGGUCUGAUGCUUCGUGCACGCGAUCAGCCUGCAGGUGCCGAGGUUGUCAAGGCCGUGGCCAACUCACCGGCUGCAGCAACUGGAGCCUUUGAGGAGGGUCAGGUCGUCCUGGCCAUCGAUGACCAGUCGGUUGAAGAUAUGCAACACGACGACAUUAUUGCCCUGCUCAAGAAGCGACGCCAGGUCACUCUGCGCCUUCGUGAUCCGAUCAUCAAGCCUCUGGAAUACAGCACCACCAACGGCAAUGAGACGGAUGCCAAGGUGCCGCCCGCGGAGAAGGCACUUGAUGCCGAUAAUCUCCGCACGGUCGUUUUGCAUCGCAAGGAAGGCCAGCGUCUUGGCAUGCGUGUGCAGAGCUUUGAUGCCGACGAGACCAAGCCUGCUCAGUCAUGCAUCUUGGACUGUGUCCCCGGUGGUGCUGCGGCGGAGUCUGGCCUUGUGCAGCCGGGUGACGUUAUUGUCUCGAUCGAAGGUGCACAUGCCGAGGGAAAGAGCCAUGAAGACCUCGUUGAGAUGUUGGUGCAAGCACCGAACCCCGUUACCCUGGUCUUGCGCAACGAGCCCUUGCCGCCAAACGCCGGUGUUGAAGAAGAGCAGGCCCCUCAGCCCACAGCCAAUGGCAUCAAGAUCGGCGAGACCCGCGAGGUUGUGAUCGAGCGCAAGGAGGGUCAGCGUCUGGGUAUGCGCAUCAAGAGCAUUCUUGGCCCCGAUGGCGAUUACACUCGCUCGCAAAUUUUGGACUGCGUGGAGGAUGGUGCCGCUGCUGAGUCAGGCAAGGUGUUCCCCGGGGAUGUCAUCGUAUCUGUCGAUGGCCAGUCGGUCGAGACAAAGUCCCACGAGGAUCUCAUCAAAAUGCUAACAGAGGCCAAGAAUCCAGUUACUCUUAUCUUGCGCAACGAAGAGCUGGUUGAGGACGACGCAUCGCAGGCGGCCUCGGAGCAAGCCCACCAACAGACUCAAGCCUCGCCUGUUGCUGCUCCUUCCGCCAAAGUGGCAGCCCCGGCUGAGUCGACCCCUGUUGACGAUAGCUUUAGCAAGCCGCAACAGCAAGAGCUGCACCUUGUGCUGCAGCGCGUUCCCGGCAAGCCUCUGGGCAUGAAGCUCAUUUCCGAUGACACGGAUCCUGAACACGGCGUUCGCGUUCUGCAAGUUUUUGAAGACUCGGCUGCCGCCGAGGCUGGGGUGCAGAGCAACGAUCGCGUGAUUGGUGUCAACGAUCAGUCAACUCAGGGCAAGCUGCACGAGGAAGUCAUUGCAUUGCUUGCAGAUCCUCGGGACCAGGUCGAGCUGGACGUGCUCCGUACCAUCCCUCCCUCUGGCCGUCGUAAGGUGUUGCUGCCUCGCGCCGAGGGCCGAGGAUUCGGCCUUAAGUUGACCACCGAGAAUAACGAUGCUGACACUCAGGUUGCGGAGGUUGUCCCUUCUGGCAUUGCCGCAGACACUGGUCUGAUCAAGGUCGGCGAUGUGGUGCUUGAAAUCAAUGGCUCCAACGUCGCGCGAGCUCCCCAUGCAGACAUUGUCAAGCUCCUGCAAAAGGAGGGCGAUAUUGUCGUGGUGGUUGACGACCCCCCAGCAACCGGUCAAAAGAACAACAACAUCAACGGCACCAACAACACCGCGCCACCCAAUGGCGAAGUGAACACGGUGCCAGUUCUGCUGCGCGCACGCGUGGGAGAUGAGCCUUACGGGUUGGGCUUCGAGCAGGCCGACGGCGUGAUUGUGCAGCGCGUGGACCACAUGGGCAUUGGUGCUCAGUCUGGCCUGCGCGUUGGCGACCGCCUAUACUCGAUCAAUGGCAACAACGUGUAUACUGGUGACCUCAAAGAGGUCCUUGACUACUUCCGUGCUGGCGAGAGCAUGCGCCUGCGUGUUGUACGCAAGGAGGACUACAAGGAGCCCGUCCCAUCGGGCAUGGUUGAGCGACACAUCACAAUUCAUCGCAACGAAUCAGACAAACUGGGUUUGCGUCUUGCCUCGCCCGAGGACACCACAGGGGGUGCUGGUGCAACUGUGGCGGAAGUGCGCACCGACGGUGCGGCUCACAACUCUGGUUUGAAGCCCGGUGACCUCCUGGUCACCGUGAACGACCAUUUUGUGCGCCACUUUGUGCACACUCAAAUUGUCGAGCUGUUCUCGGAUUCAAACACGCUCGAGAUUGAUGUGUGGCGGCCUGAGUACCUUGAGCGCGAGGGUUUCUACCUUCAGAUCUUGGACCGUCGCCCAGGCGUGGGUUUUGGUCUGACCUUGACCGAUGAUGAAUGCGGUUUUGGCACGGCCAUCUCAAAAGUGGCAGAAGAGUCGCCCGCGGCAAACACUCGUAUUGCGGCAGGCGACCACAUUGUGGCCCUCAAUGGCGUGGAUGUCGAGUACGCCUCUCAAGACACGGUGGUGGACAUGAUGCGGGACGCUGAGAGCUGUGCAAUUGUGCUUCGCACCUCAGACACAACGCCUGCAUCAACAGCUGCGGGCCACCUGCGUGCCGUGCAUUUGGAUCGGUCACUUGGCCAGCCGCUUGGCAUCAAGUUGCGCACACAAGACGCUGCCGCGGGUGUCAUCAUCCAGGAAGUCUCACCAGAGGGCCAGGCCUCGACGCGCGGCAUCCAUGCUGGCGAUCGCCUCAUCUUCAUCAACAAGCAUGACACUCGCGAAGCCACCCAUGAUACCGUGGUGAGCCUGUUGGCCAACGCUGAAACAGCCGACCUCGUGCUUCUUCCCGCUACCUAUCGCACCCAAGGCCGCUCCAAGGUGCUGAUUCAUCGUCCAGAGGGUCGUUCGUUUGGUUUCAAACUUCGCACGGGCGAUAACGGACGCGGUGCCGCGGUGUUUGAGAUCGUUCCGCACAGCCCAGCAGCGGCUUCCGGCCUACAGCUGGGAGACCGUAUCAUGGCCAUUAACGGCCAGCCCUGCGUGACCGCCACUCACGAGAACAUCGUUAAGAUCUUGGCCGCCACUGAGGGUGUUCUUGAGCUGGACGUCGAAUCCGGCAGCAGCUAUUUCACAAUCGGCGAGUCGCCGAUGCCUUUGCCUCCGCUGGCGCCCUCUAACUUUGCUGCUCCCAACGUUCGGGAGGUGACGCUUGUGCGUGAUGUCGAGGCUCGCUACGGCCUGCAAGUGUCUGUGGCCGACGACAAGCACGGUGCUCGAAUCUCGGCUAUCGAUUCCAACGGUAUGGCCGCGGGAUCGGGUGCCCUGCACGAAGGCGAUGCCGUGCUUGCCAUCAACGGCCGCAGCAUGCUGCACUGCACCACUGCCGAAAUCCACGAGGCCUUCCGCAUGGAUUCAACGCAGAUCCAGGUCAUCGUGGCCGAUGAUUUCCCGCAAAUGGAAGAGGUGCCUCUCAGCCUGGAGCGCAGCGACGGUGCUACGUGGGGCAUGUCUCUGCGUGCGUUUGAGGAUCGCCCUGGUACUGUCGUCAUGGAUGUGACCAUGGGUGCUCCCGCCGCUCGGGCUGGGGUCCAACCCGAUGACGUCAUCUUCCAGGUUGAUGAAGCGGAUUUGACAGAUCGCAUGCACGCUGAAGUGCUCGAGGCAAUUGCUGCAGCUAAGACGCGCAUGUUCUUGGGCGUUCGUCGUGCCGCGCAGCAGCAAGCUCUCCCGCCCAGGAGGGUUCGAUUCUUGGCCUCUCAACUUGGUGGAGCUCGCGCCCAGCAGCACGAAACAGUCUUUAGCCCGGGUCGCGAAACCGUCUUUGACGUGAAGCGCCCCGAAGAUUCGCAUGUUGCGCCCUUUAGCAACGGCGUCCGCCCCAAGAGCAUUUUGCGCCAAACUCACCUGGUCAAGACCAACCAACAACGCCUCGGAUUUGGCCUGCAGACCAAUGAUCAGGGCACGACUGUGGCGGAUAUUGAUUCGCAGGGUGCGGCGGCCCAAGCUGGCGUGCAACGCCAUGACGCAGUUUUGGCGCUCAACGGUGUUGACUGCACCGACAUUACCGAUGGUGAAUUGGUGGAGGUCCUGACCAAGGGCUCUGCGAUCGACAUGACGACUUACUCGGGCCCCGUGCUCUUUGGCCGUCAGCGAGCCUCGCCCAUGGAUGCCGUCAACCAAGUCCGUGUGUUCCGCCUCCGCCGAGUGGAGAACGGCACCUUUGGCAUGCAGCUGCGUACGCGCCACGCCGACAACAUGACCUUUGUCAGCCAUGUAGACGAAGAUUCGGUAGCCGCUGAGGCGGGUAUCGAGGAGCAUGAUAUGGUGGCCAUGAUCAACGGCAUCAACGUGGAGCAAGACGAUCACGAGUUGGCGCUUAACGCCAUGCGUGAGAACACUACCGUUGUUGUCGUGGUCAUUCGUAACCCGCGUCGCAGUGCCAAGCUGAGCGCACCGGGUGACCUUGGCUUUGGGCUCACGUUGAUGGAAUCCCAACCCGGGAACUUGUCCGUGGUUGUGGACACCGUGCAGGGUUCACCUGCGGCCAAGUGCGGCGAGUUUUAUCCCGAAGACCGCCUGGUUCGCAUUGAUGACUUUGAUGUGCGCAACAUGCCCUAUGCUCAGGUUCUCGGCAUCAUUCGCGCACGAAAUACGGCACGCUUUGAGGUGGAGCCUGCUGGCGCCAUGCGUAGCGUGGCGCAAGAGGAAAGUGCCGUGCAGCCGGCGCCCGUGAGCAAUCAGGUGGCGCAGCCUCAUGCGGAGGCUGAUCAUCAGCAGCGCGUGCGCGACUUGGAAGCACACGCCGAGUUGCUGGAGAAUCAACGCCGAGAGUUGGCCGAGCGGCUCGAAGAGGCCGAGCGUAAGCUGGCCGAAGGGGAUGAAAGCGCGGCUGCCCAACGCGUGGCGCGCAACAGCGUGACGACUGCUACAAACGCGGCUCUACGCCACUUGCUGGACGGCGACAGUGGUUCUUCUGAUAAGGCUUCCGCCGAGGAGCUGGCCGCGAAGGAUGCGGAGCUUGAGGCAGCCACGGCGGCUCGUGAGUCAGCGGAGAGCGAGGUCAAGCGCGUUACUGCUGCCUUGACUGAAACCCAGGCCGAGCUUGCCCAAGUACGCGCAGCCGCAGCGCAGGCAGAGGGCGAGCGCAUUCGCACUCUGGAAGCACAACUCGCCGAGGCCAAAAAGCAUGCCGAGGACAAGGCUGCUGAUGCCAGCAAGGCCGCUGAAACGGCCGAAGCAGAGAAGAAAGCGGCCGAAGCAGAGAAGAAAGCGGCCGCCGAUGAGGCCGAACAGCUGCGCACUCGUGUACAGGCCCUGGAGGCCGCUGCCGCAGCUGAGGCAGCCGCACGGGAGGCGGCCGGCACUGAGGGUGAAAAUGUGCUGGCGCGCGAGCUGGCAGCAAAGGCUGCGCUCGAGAGUGAGAAGGACGCACUUGCCACGGAGAAGGAGCAAGUGGUUGCCGAGCGUGACCAGUUUGCACAGGAGCGUGACCAGGAGCGCGCCCAACGCGAAGCCUUGGAAGCCCGCAUUGCGGAGCUUCAGGCUGCUGCGUCAGCCAGUGAGGCUGCCAGCGAGGAGGCCAGCCAAAACUCGGCUCAGCUGAAGGAGCAACAAGAGGCAGCCAGUGCUGAAGCAGCCAAGCUCAAUGAGGAGCUGAACAAGGUGCGGGGCGAGAAGCAGGCGCUUGAAGCUAAGGUGGCGGAAUUGGAAGCCCAGAUCCCGCCUCUGCCCAGCGUGCCCAGCUCGCCCAGCCCUUCGACUGGUUCUACACGCCCAACCUCGCCGAAGACGCCUCGCUACCGACCUACUCGGGAGGACCCCGUGGACCGCGGCGUGGCAGCCAUCGUUUCGGACCUUGAGCUGAGCCCUGAUCAAGUGCAGCGAGUGGGCGACGGCAAAUACAAGUUUUUCAAGGUUGACAAGAUUGUCAGCAUCCGCUGCGUCGGCCAGCGCGUUGUUGUGCGCAUUGGCGGCGGCUGGCAAGAUUUGAAGGAUUACCUUGCGCAGCACCAAAAGGUUAAUCCGAUCCAGAAGACGAUCUAAGAAUCUGGCGGACGUGGAAUCAAGUGAAGCUUUCUUCUUGUUCAUUCCCUCCUUGGUUCUGUCUCAGUUGAUAGGGUGCUUGCUUACGUUGUUCAGCCUUCAUUCUCCCCCUUUUUGUUUGUUCUCUUGUUUGAUGUGAAGGGCUUUGCUUCUCUUAUCUUGUCACCGUGAUGUGUCAGUCUUGUUCCUGUGCGGCGCGUCCCCCCCCUCUUGCGCGUUUGCCUGCUGAGCACCCCUCGCACACCACCUGUUUCUUAACAUGUAAAUUUAAUCCUGAU